CCACUAGAUAGCCAUAGUGGUUAAUAAAGGAAAAAGGCAAAAAGGGAACAAGAACCUUUCUCCAAAAGUUUUAUAUACGAUUUUCCAGAACAUCCCCAUAGAUUUUUACGUUCAACGAAACAAUGUAUUGAACAAUUAUUAAAAACGUAAAUAAAUCGAGUUAAGAUUACUUGAAACGAGGGAUUGGAAGUAUAUGCAGGACAAAAAAAUCGCUGUGUAGCGAUGGCCGAAGAAAACCCAGCGGCGGAAGUAAUAGCUGGCACGGAAGGUAAUUUACCUGAUGUUGUAGCCAGUUUAGAAAUGUUGACUGUAACUGCAAGCACUUGCAAUACUGACACUUUGUCUCCUCAAAAAAUGUUACUUCGAAGAAGAAUACGAAGACCUGAAAAUCCAGAAGUUCGAAAUAGAAGAUGUAGUUUGAGGCCAAAAAAACGGUCAGCGGCUGAGAUGGAGGAUGAAAAAGAUGUGAAGAAUUAUUAUUUAGAUAAAAGCGUAAGGAAAACUGCAAACAAUUUGGAAACGAUAUUUGAAGCACCGGACGAAGAUGUAGCUGAAGAUAUUCCAGUAAUGAUGAGUGCCAAGAGAUUCAAAAGAAUGAUACAUUUCCAGAGUGAGCCGAACAACGCCAAAAUAAAGAAAAGGCGAGCUAGAGUAAAGCGAAUAUUUGGCUCAAAAUUCCUUACCAAGCAUAGAGCGGUAUCUAUGCAAACUCUUAUCAACAAACUGAAUUUAAUAAGAUCAGAACCUACUGAAAUAGCGGAUGAUAAAAAACCACUAUCGCAAGUGUUAAAUCCUUUUGACGCCAUACGUCGAUGUAGCUUAAGACAAUAAAAUAAGUAUUUGUUUAUUAAGACUGAGUCAUAGGAUCCUUUUCGUUCUAACUUUAAUGAGUAUUUUUUUAAGGAUGUUGGGGUACAAAAAAAUAGUGUAAUAAACAGAACAUCUUUAUGCCACAAAAGGUGCGUCUUUGCUUUAGCCGAUAACUCUAAUGUAACAAAAUUUCCCUAGUAAUAAAAUAAAAUUGAAUUUAAGCUUGA